UCUAGCUAUAUAUUUAUCUAAACCCUCUUCUAGAAUUCAGCAGCUCAAGUCUCAUGAACAGAAGCAAGAGUAUACCUUUGCAGGCCCCAACCUAUGGAAACCUCAUCACCGUUUUAAGCAUCGAUGGGGGUGGAAUAAGAGGGCUUAUCCCUGGAACCAUCCUUGGUUACCUUGAAGCUGAGCUUCAGAAACUGGAUGGUGAAGAUGCAAGAAUCGCCGACUAUUUCGACGUGAUUGCAGGAACAAGCACUGGUGGCCUUGUAACUGCCAUGCUUGCAACCCCAGAUGAGAACAACCGCCCUGUGUUUGCUGCCAAAGACAUUAAGGACUUCUACCUUACUCACUGCCCCAAAAUCUUCCCCCAGAAACACUGUCCAAUAUUUCCUUAUACUACAAAGAUCAUCAAAGCUCUAGCAGGACCAAAAUACGAUGGGAAGUAUUUGCAUGACUUGGUUGGGCAGAAACUUGGUGACAAAAAACUGCACCAGACAUUAACUAACAUUGUCAUUCCAACAUUUGACAUAAAGCAGCUCCAACCAACAAUCUUUUCCAGCUAUGAGGUGAAACAUAAGCCAGGCUUCGAUGCUAAACUCUCAGACAUAUGCAUUGCAACCUCAGCAGCACCUACUUAUCUCCCAGCCCAUUAUUUUGAAACCAUGGACCCAGAAGGGAAUGUAAGAGAAUUUAACCUCAUCGAUGGUGGUGUGGCUGCAAAUAAUCCGACUUUACUUGCUAUUGGUGAAGUGACAAAGACAAUAAUCAAGGGGAGCUCAGAUUUUUUCCCUAUAAAGCCCAUGGACUAUGCAAGGUUUCUAGUGAUAUCAUUAGGAACAGGCUCAGCAAAAGCUGAGUUCAAAUACCAUGCACUUUCUGCAGCCAAGUGGGGCUUGUUAGAUUGGUUAACCAGCGGUGGUGGAACCCCAAUAAUUGAUGUUUUCAGUCAAUCAAGUGCUGAUAUGGUCGAUUAUCACCUUUCUGUUGUUUUCCAAGCCCUCCACUCAGAAAAUAAUUACCUUCGAAUUCAGGAUGACACGUUAACCGGGCAUGUAUCUUCUGUGGACAUAGCCGAUAAGAAGAAUUUGGAUGAUCUUCUGAUAGUUGGUGAAGGCUUGUUGAAAAAACCAGUUUCCAGGGUUAAUUUGGAGACUGGCAGGGUAGAGCCUUCAAAACAUGAGUCUAAUGAAGAGGCUCUCACAAGGUUUGCAAAACUAUUAUCGGAAGAGAAGUGGCUUCGCCUUGCAAGGUCACCCCACGGACAUACUCCAAAACCAAAACCCAACUACUGACUCUUUUGUUUUGCCAUUAAGUGUUUUGUAUUGAAUUUUGGUGUUAAUUAAUUUGAGGGAAAAAUUGUUGUAAUAAAUGAUAAUCAUAAUCAACACUAUGAUUAUUAAUUCAAUUAUUUUCUGUUUUACUUAUUGGGAAUAGAUAGCCAUAAAUGAUAA